AUUUCUGUACACAAUGAUAUCAUUCAUCGGGGAUCCCGUUCAGACCGGUACCGCGCUAAUGAAAUCCCGUUUUUCAGCAUAAAUUCGAGGGAGCUGAUGGACGUCUCAGCGUAACCUGUAAGCAGACAUUUUGAAGCUGAAGGAAAUCAUGGACGGGUAUAACGGCAACGUCGAAAACAUCAGAACACGAGAAUUUCCUGGACUAUCAGAUGUAACAUACUUGGACCAUGCUGGAGCAACUCUCUAUGCAAGGAGUCAGCUAGCCUCGGUGCAUCAAGAUCUGAUGAGCAAUGUGUAUGGCAACCCCCACAGUCCAUGCGCCAGUAGUCGACUCACGACAGAUACUGUAGAACAAGUCCGUUACAGAAUAUUACAACAUUUCAACACUUCUCCAGAGUUGCACUCAGUCGUCUUCACUGCUGGAUGCACUGCAGCACUUAAACUCCUCGCGGACAAUUUUGACUGGGCAUCCGACAAUCAUAAAGAUGAGCUCAACAAGACAGCCCAGGAGUCAAAGGGCAGCCAAAGUGAAGGAAAUCCUGAACUGCUCAGUUCCGUCUCUCCAAAGGUGUCCCAAAGUACACCCCCAGAAGGCAUUACCCAGAUUUCAGUGCAACAAGACGACUCACGAUCACAGGAUCAAUUGCAACAUGCAUCGCAGCGUAAUCCUUCCCAGCAUGCCAUGCAGAGAUCAGCGGGGCUCUUCUGUUAUCUCCUAGACAAUCACACGUCCGUUGUCGGGAUGCGGGAAAUUGCCAAAGCAAAAGGUGCUGAGGUCCUAUGCGUCACGUACCAAGAUAUCAAAUGCAACACCGACAUUCUGCUGAAACAUCCAGAAAAGGAUUCUAAAGAACGUCACGGUUCAAGCGACCAUCCAAAGAGCAGUUUUCCCAGCAGGGACAAACUCAAGAAUUGUCUGUUUGCGUACCCUGCCCAGUCUAACUUCUCUGGUGCCAAGUAUCCUCUUGAAUGGAUCAGCAAAGUGAAACACGUUUCUAAAUCAAACCCACUAGAGCACUGGGCCGUGGUUCUCGACGCAGCGUCUCUCGUCAGUACCUCGCCUCUAGAUCUGUCAGACUGUCCGGCAGACUUUGUUGCCGUCUCCUUCUACAAGAUCUUUGGGUUUCCGACUGGCCUCGGGGCGCUGAUUGUCAGGAACGACGCUGCGCACUUCCUUCACAAGACCUACUUCGGAGGAGGCACCGUGCAGGCUUAUCUCGCAAGACGUCAGUUUAGUGUUCCCAAAACAAGUCUGUCAGACCAAUUUGAAGAUGGAACGCUACCCUUCUUGGACAUUAUUGCCUUGAAGCAUGGGUUUGAUACACUGGAGACCCUAGCAGGAGGCAUGAAAUGCAUUUCUGACCACACCUUCGCCCUGGCCAAAUACGUGCACCAUGAGAUGUCUUCUUAUCGUCAUGCCAAUGGCCAACCUGUUGCCAAGCUGUAUUGUGAGAAUGACUUUGAGAGUCAGGAGUGCCAAGGACCAAUAGUCAACUUCCUCCUGCUUAGAUCCAGUGGAGUCAUUGGCUAUGCACAGAUUGAAAGGCUAGCAUCAUUACAUGGCAUCCAUCUUCGCACAGGAUGUUUCUGCAACACCGGAGCAUGCCAGCGACACCUUGGCUUAACAGACGAACACAUCCUCAACAACUAUCAGGCAGGGCAUGUGUGCGGUGAUGAGAUGGACGUCAUCCUUGGCCAACCAACCGGCUCAGUUCGCAUCUCCUUCGGCUACAUGUCUACCCUUGACGAUGCCAAUAACUUCCUCAGCUUUGUACGGGAAUGCUUCAUGAAGACAUCCAACCAGUGUGGCACAGCCACAGAAAUGUCAAGUAUCCAGAGUCCCGUUGGGACUAGCUGUGAAGGACCAGAGCGGAAAACAAAUCAAGACGUGGAUUCCGUCCAGGAGGAACCAGCUAACGUCUCUCAGAGUGCUCACUCGGGCCUUGACGAUGCCCAGUCUCUUCGAGAUGAUCAAAAGAAUGACAUCCAGCUGUCUAGUGUCAUUGGUUCCUCCCUCAGUGUACCCAGCACGGUGCUAAAGAAGGUUCCAUUAUCCGGCCGCAAAGUGUUGACUAAUAUCUUCUUGUAUCCCGUGAAAUCAUGCGGGGCAUUUCAGGUGAGUGAAUGGCAGAUAGGUCCCAAAGGAUUGCUGUACGACAGACACUGGAUGGUGGUGAAUGAGAACGGGGUGUGUCUCAGUCAGAAGAGGGAGGAACGACUGUGUCUCGUUAAACCUAUCGUUGAUCUGAAGAACAGGUGUCUUUGGCUACAAUGUCAAGGCCAGUCAACCAUCAGAGUGCCUCUGGAUGUCAGCUCUGAGACGAACCAAGAUCAAACGUCCAAGAAUUAUUGUCAGAGUAAAGUCUGCCUUGACAGAGUGAAGACGUUAGACUGUGGCGAUGGGGUUGCUGAGUGGUUGUCUACUGCAAUCGGAAAGAAAUGCCGUCUCCUCCAACAAAAUCCAGAAUUUGAGCGAAAUUGUAAACUUGUCAAAGGUGAAACUGCGACAGGUGUCAAAAGUGGAAGUCACCAGAGUCUUUCCCUGGUCAACGAAUCCCCGUUCACUCUGCUGAGCAGGCCCAGUGCCCAGGCACUACUCAAAGCCAUCAAGGAACGGCAUCAUCAUCCCAACCAGCCAAUGAGAAACACUCCUCAGAGCAGCGGUGACCUGUCAGAACCAAUCACUACUCAGUAUCCGCUGAUCGGACAGAAAGGGGAGGGGUCUGAUGUGCAGAUGGAGGAGCUGAUUGGUCGAUUCCGUGGCAACCUGGUGAUUGAUGGGUGGGAAGCCUUUGAAGAGGACGAGUGGAAGAAGAUACGCAUCGGCAAUCAUGUGUUUCCAGUUGCUGGAGUCUGCAUUCGGUGCCAGAUGGUGUGCGUUGACCAGAACACGGCCAACAGAAGCAAAGAACCCUUGCUGACACUCUCCAUGUUCAGAGGAAAGAAGGUUCCUUUUGGCAUCCACCUGCUACGAGACGAGGCAUCUUCCGAUGGCACAACUCUCAGAGUAGGAGACAACCUGUCUGUGCUCCAACAGUAAAACAACUCCAUCAUUCAGACCGUAUACAUGAGUUUGGAGUUCUCAUGGUGAGUUCAAGUACAGUGGAAGCACUGUGACAUUUAUACCUGAAACCCCUACCCCCUUUUCAGACUUGUCGAACCGCAGCAAAAUGUCAAACAAAAUUAGUGGAUCCCAGCAGAAUUUUUGUCAAACGCAAUAUGACAGGGGUACGGAAACAGACAAGUUAAGGGACACAUAACCAUACAUGGGUGGAAGGAAAAACACAGAAGGGAUAGAAGGCAUUCUUAGAAGACAAAGGGAGCAAAAAUCGGGCAAAAAAAUGAUUAAAGCAACUCAGGUUGACCCAUAUACACGUACAUGUAGAUGUAGAUUUUUUGUUAAGGACGGGAAUACUUUGUGUAUAUAUUUUGUAUUGAUUAGAAUCUGAAAGUUAAAAAACUGCAACAGUUCAACUUGAGAUAUUAGGCGCACUUGUUUCGACCGUCCAACUUCUCAUGCACGUCGUUUAUUAAUUUAGUUAAGAUGUCCAUUGACAUUGAUUUUGUUACAUUUAUUUCUUUCAGAUGUUGUGUGACAUGUUAAUCUGAAUUUGAUGUCCUACUUUUUAUAUUAAAGGCACUAGUAUUGCAAUGGGUGAUUUGCUGCCGAAUUUAACACUUUGAAAGGUGUUUCCACCAAAGGCAAUUUCGUGUGGAUUUACAGAUUUGUUAUGGUUUAACUGUAAAUAUUA